CCGAUCUUUUUUCUCGAUUAAUUUUUUCUUCUUCUUCUUCUUCUUCGUGUACCGCUCUCUCAGACUCGACUAGGGUUAAGGAUUUUAAGGCCAAACCUUCGACCAUGGAUAUGAUGAAGAAGCGAAAGCUCGAUGAGAAUGGAAUCGGGAUGCUAAACGAUGGAAUCAACGGAGCUGUUUCGUCUCGAUUGAUGCCACAAGACGCGAGAAAGAUUAUCGAGCGAUUCUCUACAGAUCAGCUUCUCGAUAUCUUACAAGAAGCUGUUGUACGGCAUCCAGAUAUUCUAGAAAUCGUUAGAUCAACCGCAGAUUCCGAUAUCUCUCAGAGGAAACUCUUUAUCCGUGGACUGGCGGCGGAGACAACGACGGAAGGUCUUCGUUCGCUUUUCUCUAAUUACGGAGAUCUCGACGAAGCUAUUGUGAUUCUCGAUAAGGUAACUGCUAAAUCCAAAGGGUAUGGUUUUGUGACUUUUAAGCAUGUUGAUGGAGCUUUGCUUGCUUUGAAAGAGCCGUCUAAGAAGAUUGAUGGCCGCGUGACGGUUACGCAGCUCGCGGCUGCUGGGAAUCAAGGUACGACCAACUCACAUGUUUCAGAUAUAUCGAUGAGGAAGAUUUAUGUGGCGAAUGUGCCGUUUGAUAUGCCGGCGGAUAGGUUAUUGAAUCAGUUUUUGGCUUAUGGGGAUAUUGAGGAAGGUCCUUUAGGUUUUGAUAAAAUUACUGGUAAGUCAAGGGGAUUUGCCUUGUUUGUUUAUAAGACUGCAGAAGGUGCUCAGGCUGCACUUGCUGAACCUAUGAAGGUGGUUGAUGGAAAGAAUUUGCAGUGUAAAUUGGCUAUUGAUGGUAAGAAAGGAAAGCCACCAGGUCAAGACGGUGGUGCUGGAGUUGGACAUGGUCACGGUCAUGGUGAUGGAAUGGGUAUGGUUCCUCCUCCUGGACCUUAUGGUGCAACUGCCGGUGGUCACGGUGGACCUGGUGGGAUGGGUGGUUAUGGUGGGUAUUCCGGAGGACCAGCACCACAUCACAUGAAUUCCACACCAUCUUCGAUGGGUGUUGGUACUACUGCUGGUGGAGCAGGUGGCUAUGGAAGUGUAUAUGGUAGUCAUUACAGUGGAUAUGGUACAGGAUCUGCGGGUUACGGCGGUCUUGGUGCGGGAUCAAUGGGUGGUACUGGUGGUGGCUAUGGUGGGCCUGGUACUGGGAGUGGUCCAUAUAGAAUGCCACCAAGUUCAAUGUCUGGUGGUGGUUAUCCAGAGAGUGGGCACUAUGGACAUUCAUCAGCUUCAGCAUAUCCUGGACAGCAUCAGCCUGUUGGUUCCUCUCCAGUGCCACGGGUUCCACUUGGGGGAAUGUACCCCAAUGUUCCACCAAAUUACUGAACGGUUUGUGACAUGGAGAAGAUGCUUUUUAUGCUUAAUGGUGAUUACCUGAUUGCAGCCUCUUUAAAAUCUCUGGAUUGAUGAAUGUAUUGCUGCUUUGAUCUCUCUCUCUCUCUGCACUUGAUCUGAUUGUGCCUUGGCCUAUGAAAUGCCUAGUUGUUCUAUGACUGAUUAGACUAGGAAAUUAUCUGUAUUGUUUUCGUAGACAUACGUGGCAGAUUGGUUUUGUUCGUCAGAGUAGUGAGUGUUUUUAAUAAAGUUGGUGUAUUUUU